AUGCAUCUCUCCUUCAAAGUCGUCCUUGCCGUUGUUGCCACUUUGACAACGUCCAUGGCUGUCAGUGUUGAAAUUCAAGCUCAGAUUGCUGCUCUGGCUAUGAGUGCAUGCUACGAAAUGACCCACAUUAUGAUGAGGUACAGGUGGUUAAUGGGACCACAUGUAGACAGAAAUAUCUUGAAUGUAUACCUUGAAACUGAAUUAUUUAUGUCUCAUCGUUUUGUCCUCAUUCAUAGGGCGACGCUCACCCCACUGGGCAACAAACAAGGAUCCCAAAAAAACGAAAAAAAAAGGAAGCAGCUUGCAGCCUGGGAGGUAGCAAAGGAAAUCAUGUUCCUGUGGGUGAGGAUUUUAGCUACUCUUGUCUGA